CAUCGCGCCUCCCAGCUCCCACACCUAAACCUCCCCCAAAAAACAGAGCGCGCGAAACCAAGGCGCCGCCCCGCCCCGCCCCGCCCGCCAAUCGCCCCCGUCUCCCUACACCGGCGUCGGCAUCGGAGGAGGAGAUGGCGCCGCUCAUCCCGUCGUCGCAGCCAUGGGUGGAGAAAUACCGCCCGAGGCAGGUGAAGGACGUCGCGCACCAGGAGGAGGUGGUCCGGGUGCUCACCAACACGCUCCAGACCGCCGACCUGCCGCACAUGCUCUUCUACGGCCCGCCUGGCACGGGGAAGACCACCACCGCGCUCGCCAUCGCCUACCAGCUCUACGGCCCAGAGCUCUACAAGUCAAGAGUUUUGGAACUUAAUGCUAGUGAUGAGCGGGGAAUUAACGUGGUGAGGACGAAGAUCAAGGAUUUUGCUGCUGUGGCUGUUGGUACUGCACGGAAAGGUGGUUAUCCCUGCCCACCAUAUAAGAUUAUUAUACUUGAUGAAGCUGAUUCGAUGACAGAAGAUGCCCAGAAUGCAUUGAGGCGUACUAUGGAAACUUAUUCCAAAGUAACAAGAUUCUUUUUCAUCUGCAAUUAUAUCAGCAGGAUAAUAGAGCCACUUGCAUCAAGAUGUGCAAAGUUUAGGUUCAAGCCUCUUUCAGAAGAUGUGAUGACCAACCGCAUUUUGCAUAUAUGCCAUGAAGAAGGGCUCACUCUUGAUGCUCAGGCAUUAUCCACAUUAAGUGCCAUCUGUCAAGGAGAUCUGCGUCGUGCUAUAACUUAUCUUCAGAGUGCAGCUCGCUUAUUUGGAUCUUCUAUUUCUUCCACCGACUUGAUUAGUGUUUCAGGGGCUAUCCCUGAAGAUAUUGUCAAGUCAUUACUGGGGGCAUGCAAGUCUGGUGAAUUCGAUGUGGCAAACAAGGAAGUUAGCAGUAUUAUUGCAGAUGGAUAUCCAGUUUCCCAGCUGCUCUCACAGUUUCUAGAUGUGAUUGUUAAUGCGGAUGAUAUUCCAGAUGAGCAAAAGGCAAGAAUAUGUAAAAAGCUUGGGGAAGCUGAUAAGUGUUUGGUCGAUGGGGCGGAUGAGUAUUUGCAGCUUUUAGAUAUGGCCAGCGAGACUAUUCGUGCUCUGUUCAACAUCCCACAAGGGCUGGUCUUCUGAGGCAAGAUCAUGGAGAUGAACAGUAAUGCCGGUGACCGCUGUCUGUGAGCACUGGCAAAUAUAUCUCUUGUCUCCUUCCCAAGUCAAGAUGUCGGAGAUGGAGAAGCCUAACCCCCCUUUUGCCGUAAUGUUGUGCUUCAGUUUGGUUUUGCAUGCAUUGGCUAUUUUCUACCAACUGAAUUGUAGCAGUUUUUCCUACCUACCAUCAUCGUUGCUUUGUAGUAGUUGUAACAUCCAGAAUUGUCAGUAUUAAUUUGGAGCUACAGGGGCGCGUCCUUGCGCCUGUAAAAUCCUGGAGGAACACGAGCUGCAACCAGUGAAUGCCCGUUUAAACGAAAGAGCGACUUCCAACUUAAAGUUGUGGUGUUUUUUUUGUCUUUUUUUGUGAGAA